CAGGCUGUCAUAUGUCUACCUGGAUUUCUAAGCCGCCAAUAUCGCGAUGUUUGGGCCACUGGCAUAUAAAAGAAACCAGACUCUCUUCGGGUCCGAGGUUAAGGUUCAAAAGCACAUUCGACCACUCACCAAGUUACACCGCGAACCCCCACUUCAAUUAACUCAAAGUUAAUAAACACGGUCUUCAGUUCAAUUCGCAACAUAGCGGAUAUAUCACACUCAAUACAAUGGAGAACCUCCCGCCGGACCACUUCGUCACCAGCCUGCAGUUUACUAAGCAUGUCUACCAAGACGUGUACCCGUCCAUUGACCCCUCGAAGCCAGAACUGUCUCUGGCGGGUAAGGUUGUUAUCAUCACCGGUGCAAGCCGCGGUAUAGGAGCCAUGGGCAUCGCUCCGGCAUUCGCCAAAGCGGGAGCAAAGGGUCUUGUGCUGGUGGCCACCAAUGCUGAGAAGUUGGCGGCGGUCGAGGCCAACCUCAAGACCAUCAACCCCGAGGUCCAAAUCCUAUCGGUAGCGACGGACAUCUCCGAUGCAUCGUCUGUGGCUGAGCUAUUCGCAAAGAUCAAAACUAAGUUCGGACAUGCCGACGUCCUCAUCAACAAUGCUGCCAUUCUUGCUGGCGGCGGCACCAUCCACGAGGAUGAUCCCGCUCAGUGGUGGAAGAACUUUGAGGUCAACACCAAGGGCGCCUUCCUUCUGGCGCAGAACUUCAUCAAGGCCCUCCCAUCCCCGACCUCCACCCCAGCAACGAUUGUGAACCUCAUCACGGGCGCCGCAUGGCUCGUGAUCCCCUUCAUGAAUGGGUACAGCAUCAGCAAGCUGGCCACGCUGCAGCUGACGACGCACCUCGCGGCUGCCUACCCCAACAUCACGGCCAUCUCGCUGCACCCGGGCCUCGUCGAGACUGACAUGAUGGACCCCGCCUUCAAGCGCUUCAACCACGACUCGCCGCAUCUGGUGGGUGGCCUGACGGUGUGGCUAUCGAGCGAGAAGGCCAAGUUCCUCUCGGGCAAGGCCAUUGCGUCCAACUGGAGCGUUGAUGACCUGGUCGAGAGGAAGGAGGAGAUUCUAGCGGGAAACCUGUUGCAGGUUGAUUUGAGGGGGAGGUUUGGGAAGGAUCAGUUUGAAUAGAAGUGGUACAACGUAGGCAUGCAAGUAGUUUUAGGGAUCACAUAUAUAACGUUAUAUGCAACCCCAUACUCUCUUGUCAGAUCUGCCAUUUCAAUACUAUGCCUCUGUCUCGGGCUUUGGGGGGGAUAUGCAAC